UUUAUUUUGUGUUGCAGGUUUCAGCAAACCAGGGAGCUGAUGAUAAACAAAGGGACACUGGUUUAGCAACAAAGGUUAGGCCAUCUAGUUUUGCUCAUAGAAAAGAAGUAAUGCAGAAGCAAGAGCUUGAAAGAGUGAAAAUGAGACAGAUUCCAAGUAUUGGAACAUCUUGCUUGCAGCCUAAAACAAGAGUUGGUAUAAUAGUGCAAAGAACGCCUAAAAUGAUGCAGACCAGGACUAAAGAGAUGGUGGCCGAAACUCCUAAGUUUGUGCCCCGGUCAUUAAACAGAAAAAGUGCAGAAACUCCAACAUUCAAUAUACCUCUUCUGCAGACAUCAUUGAGAUCACGGCUUUCGAAGAUUACAAGUUCCAAAGAACUAGAAGAUGAUCAACAGGAGAAAGCUCCAAAGUUUAAGGCUAGACCUGUAAACAAGAAGAUACUUGAAAGUAAAGGACAGUUGGGGCUGUUUGCUAGCAAAAAACGACCAGUUACUAUACCCAAAGAAUUUCAUUUUGCAAUUGAUAAAAGAAUUCCACCACCAAGAACAUCCAAUGAUGCCGAGUCUUAUGACAAGAUGGAGUUGUGCUUAGAAUCCCACAAGAAGAAAGUGAUUCCAACAAAGACAGUACCACGUCCUUUUCAUUUCCGAACUGAUAAAAGAGGAGCAGAGAAAGAAGAGCACAUUAAGAUCCCCAAAUGUAGUUCAUUUUCUUCUACAAUUGAUCAUCCUCUGGUUUGUUCGGAAUCAGAAUCAAGACACGACACAAAGCCAAAACCAUUUCAAUUGGAUAGUUUAAUGAGGCUUAAAAAUGAGUUUCAACAAAAGAUGGAACUAAGGAACCCAUUGGAGGGCGAAGAAGCAAACACGAGAACAUUGAAAGGGGAUACUAUUCUGGUAAGGGUUCGCAGACCUCUGACUGAUGUUCAGGAAUCAAAUCUACAUGUAGAACAGAGAGCCGCCAUUGGUAAAACAGAAUUUCACAAAAAAUUUAAGGAGAAAGAAACUUCAACAAUGGUGCAGGAAGAGAAUUCGAUACCUCAUCCUGGGGUAGUGCCUAGUUUUAAACUGCCUUUCUUACCGAAAAAGUACAGGUCUUCAAAAGGGGUCACAAAAUCCAUAUCACCAAGAUCAAAUGUUCGUAUUUGGAAGGACGGACGAAGAAAAAUGGUCGUGGCCACAGCAACUUCAAUUGUAGCUUCAAGCAUGCGGUAACUAUAGAACAAGUGUUAACACCAUCUCAUGUACAUCACUAACUAGACUGAAUGCAUUUACGAGAGGUUGUGAUGUGUUCAAGUAUUCCCUCUUGAUUAUACUAAUACACUGGAUGGCAUUUUGUUUGUGAAAGCAAAGGUACAAUGUAGAAUUCAAUUGAUUGUAUUGUUUUGUUCGCGACAACUAUAUGGUCAUGAAUGACCGAUAAGUAAUAGAUGACUUGCAGACCAA